AUGGCUGACUUGGACAGAUCAGAGUUGGAGACUGACCGCACGCGGACAAACCAACGACGUCCCUAUCCGCCGCAACACCGAGAAGAUCACGACCGACCACCCCUGAAACGCAGCCAUGCAACGAAUUGCCUGCGCAGGGCUUAUCACGAGCCGGAAUCACGGAGCCAAGAUGAGGCCGGUGUUCCCAAUGAGCCUCCACAAGGCAAAGAUGUUGAUCGAGGCGGUGACGCUGUUGUGCUUCUUAUUCAACCGGCAGAUGAUCAAACGCACAAGCGUCUAGAUCAUGUUCGAGAAUAUCAGGUCCAUGUCCAGCAUCCUGUUGAACGACCCAAGUCGAUAGAGGUACAGCUUUGUCAUGUGGAUGACGAGAAUUGUUAG